GCGUUUAUAGCUACUGAUGUUAUUAGCUAAUUAGAUAAUACACUAUGGGAAAAACUAUGUUUAUAAAUGUGUUACAGUUUUAUAUAGGAGUGCGCUGUAACUACGUAUUUUGUAUUUUUUUAUUUUUUUGAGCGAAAAGACUGUCAAUACUGAGCAAAUAACCUUUGACAUGUGUCAUUGCUUACGUGUCAGCCGAUACCUUCAUUUUGUGAACUUGUUUCCCAGUAUAUAUUUGAAAAAAUAUACAGUAUUCCUCCUUAUUCUGCACAUUUUGAUACGUCACUGAACACAAAUAUUGCGGAUCAACUAGAGAACCUAACAGAAAAAAGAAUUUUGCAUGCAGCAGAUCCAAUGGAGCUGCAGGCACUGCUGGUUUUGUGCGGGCUGGGAGUGGCCGGCGUGGCUGUUCUGUUGUUGAUGGGAUUGUUCUCUGCAUCGGGAACAAGUUAUGAAGAAGCAGUUGCACAGCAACGUCGUGCUGCUACAGAACUGCUUGCUCUUGCUGAAAAUAAAAACAAAGUAAAAAAGAACAACAGCAAGAAGGCUAAUAAGAAGUUGGCAAAGAAAGAGAAGAACAAAGAGAGUGCUGCGGCAACCACCGGCAGCGAGCAGGAGAGUGAGGCGCCGGCUGAGAGUGGCAUGGAAGAUGAUCCAAUCCCUCCAGCUAAGAGCCAUGUUGAGUUCAGCCCACCUGUAGUUGGUGACAUUCCAAAGGACUCCCAACCUAAUGUCAAGAUUCGCAAACGCGGCGAGGAUUCCAAAGUAAAGCCGAUACUGUUGAACAAAGACGAUCCGAGCUGCAUUAGCGAUCCGAGCGCUGUACCGAUCAACGCCGACGCCACUGUGCUCAACCACUUUGAGGAAAUGCAUCCCAAAGACGAAUUUGAGUUGUUGCAUUCGUCGCUAGUCGCCGAUAAAUUAAUUUUUAAGAUUGCCGAUAAACCGGAGGAAGUAGUUGAAAAGAAGGACAACAAGCCGUCGAAGCCCAGCAAAAGCGGCAAAGUUACUGCUAAGGCACCGGCGCCUGCUGAACCUGUGAAGGAAGAACCCGCGCGUGAGCGACACAACAGCGGAGAUGCACCUAAAGAGCCGCGCAAAGGUAAAAAAGCAGAGAAGAAAGCUCCCAACAGCGAGGUGGUAGAGGCUGGCCGCGAGGAAGUUGUCCCACCUCUGAACGCGCCGCAGCCCACCGAGCUGACGACGGAGAAGCUGCUGAAGCAAGCGCUGGGCGCCACCACAGCCGCCGCCGUCGCCGCGCCUGUCGCCGCCGCGCCCGCGCCUGCGCCCGCGCCCGCGCCUUCCGCGCCCGCCAAGAACAAGAAGAAGAAGGCCGAGCCUAACGUGCUCUCUCUCAUGGCGGGCGACAGCGGCGGCGUGAACGUGGGCGAGCUGGUGCGCGUGGUGCGCGAGGCGGCGCUGUCCCGCACCGAGAUACAGAUCCUCACCGACGCGCUGCUCAACAAGCACCACGACCCGCUCCCGCAGCACUCCGAAUGGACCGAGGGCCCCAAUGAUCCAGUGCAAAAGUUGAAGAAGCAGUUGGCUGACAAGGAGAAGGCCUUAGCCGAUGAGGUGGAUGCGUCUCAAGCACUGCAGGCUAAACUAAAGGAAUUGAGAGCGAGCCUGAACGCGGAGCGAUCCCGCGCGGCUGCCGUCUCGCGCGCCUCCGACCAGCAGCGCGCACGCGCCGACCACGCCGCCGCCGAGCUGCACGCGCUGCAGGCCCGGCUGCAGCGCCUCGCCGACGACAACCACGCGCUCGCGCAAGACAAACUUGUUUUGCAGGCUAAGUUGGGCGCGGAGGGUGAGGCUCAAGCGCAGCGCGUGCAGUUGGAGAUGCACAUCCAGCGGCUGUCAGAGUCUGAGGGCGCGCUUAUGGCUCAGCUGGCGGCGCUGCAGGCGGAGCUGAGCGCGCAUGCGCUGGAGGCGGGGCAGGCGCGCUGCGAGCUCGCCGCCGCGCGCGACUCUCUGCUCAUGGCGCAGCAGCACGCCGCCGACCUGGCGCAGCAGCUGCAGGACUCCUCGCGCGCCUACGCCGACCUCGACCAGCUCGUGCAGCAGGAACGACGACAGGCACAGGAACGGAUACACGAACUGCAAAACGAAGUGCAGCGUUUGGCUAACCGGGCUCAGACUGCCGAAACCAACUUGGAAAAGUUAAAGGAAGAGUCGGAAAAACAACAACAACAGCUAUCAAAUGAAAUUUCUUCACUCAGCGAGCAACUUGCCGCUCGUGAAUCGGAAUUGGCUGAACUGAAACAGAUGAAAGCAGUACCGGCACAAAACGGGUUGCCCACAGCUAAUGAAAAUGAACAGAAGGCAGCGGAGCUGGCGAAGGUGGAGAGUGUGGUGGAGGCGCUCCGAGGCGAACUGGCGGCGGCGCAGCGCGGCAGCCGCGACCAGCGCGACCAGCUCGCGCGUCUGCACGACCAGCUGCGCGCCUACCAGGACAAAAACAAUGAGUUGCGAACUAAAAACUGGAAAGUAAUGGAGGCGUUACAGUCUGCCGAAAAGGCUCUACAGAUGAAAUCGGCAAGCGCGUUGCCGGCCCAAGACUCACUGCGCGAAGCGAUAAAGAUGGCACAAGAGACGCAGUAUAACGAAGUGGCAAAUGUAUUACGUGCGGUGUGUCCUUCGGCGGCGCCCGGCUCCUCACCCGACAAGCAAUGGCUGCAGACCUUCGCUGAUAACCUCAAGGCGGAAUUAGAGAAGAAAACAGAGCUGGCCAAGCAAUCUGCACAGAAAGAAGUAGAAAAGGUCGCGGCGCCCGUCUGCUCUGCGACGUCGGACGAACGAGUCGGCGAACUUGUCUCUCAGAAUGAGCAUCUACAGAGCCUCGUCGAUAAAUACAAGAGGAUUAUUGAUGACACAGAAGGUGUGCUGAGUCGACUCCAACAAAACGUCACAACAGAGGAGCAGCGCUGGGCACAGCAGCUUGCUGACAAACAGCGAGAACUAGACGAACUACGCCAGAGGACAGUACUGCAGGAACCCAUGGCGUUUGCAUACUCCUGCAUUGAAAAAUCAUUGCCCACAAUUGUUGAGGAGAUGCAGAAGAAGAUCGAUGCGUUGCAGGAAGAAUUACAGCAGGCGCACGCGACGAACAAAAACAACAGCUUUGCUGAUGCAGAACGUUUCACUCAGGAAAGACUAAUGGCUGAUUUGUCAAACAAACAUGUUGAUGUGAGCAAUGGACCUCUACAGAUGGGAUUAUCAGAAAAAUAACAAUUACAACCAGCAAGCUUAUUAAAAGCAGUAUCCAGGUGUCAUUCCUAUUUGGCGAGUGUUUGUGAACUGAGGUAACAUCGCGCUGCAGCCGUCGCCACUACGGGCGCUGCCAUGUUCGCCGGCCGCCGUCAGGCGCCCACUUGUAUAUUACUCAUAUUCUAUAAUUGAAAACUAUUUGUUGUAAUUGGCUUGCAGUCUUCAUUUCCUAUUCAAAACUCUUUGACACAAUACAAAUUGGAUGACGUCCCGCCAUGCGAACAAAUGACUGACGUAAAAGAUACAAUGAUAAAUAAAAAAAUUGUUAUGCACAACCUUUAGUCAUACUUAAUUUGCCACACUCAGUGAUUUGAUAUAAAAUUUCAACCUAUAUUUACAUAUUUAAGUAAGUUUUCUCCCGUCCAGGAACGCGUUUUCUAAAAUUAUGUAAUAUUGAUUAAUAAUAAUGCGCGUCAGAAACACACUAUGGUGAAUGACGCAAGAUUUACCUUACUACUGAUAAGUAAUUUCGAUGUCAGAAUCACAAUCACUGCCAAUUUUUACCAACCGUAGGAAAUAAUAUAGAUGAGAUCUAUAGCACAAAGUCUUUAUUAAUAAAGAUGACAUUAGUCAAUGAAUAUCUAGAAUAAAAUUUCCUAGCACCAGAAGUUUUUUUGUUCAGAUAUCACUUUUUUUCCAAUUGGUGAAAACGAGCGUUAGCCAGGAUGCAGUCUGUGCUGAAAUCGAUGUAUAGUAUUAAUUGUAUUUAUAAAGCAUUUCUGGUAAAUAUCGAGAUUAGAAUGACUUAUUCAUUGUCAUGAGGUUAAUAAUAAAGUGUUUGAAAAGCCCUAUUCUGAAUUAGAAAGCGACAAUGCUGAAAAAUUGUUCGUUUUAAUUUGUAAGACAUUGCGUGGCGUCAAAUCUAAAUAAGUUUUAUAAUAAAUUCUAUGGGACUGUGGCGAUACGAUAUUAUAGACAAUGCAUGAUGUGUAAGAUGAACCAAAUUUAAAGACAGUGUUUUAUUGCACACCCACUGCAAGGGCACACACAUUAUUAUUAUAAACUUGCUUAAUACUUUUAUUUGUAUGUUAAGUUAAUAUAGUUUUCGUUUUAUAAAUUUGCUGGUUGCAUGUUCAGUAACAGAGAAACAUAAUAUUUUGAUAAAAUUUCAAUUUGUGACAUCCUCUUAAUGAAUUUGAAUAAUUUUGCUUAUUAUAGUUUAGGUACGCCGAUUUAUAUAUUUUUUUAUUUUUAUAAUUUUAAGCAAUGUUAUUUACGCUUUAGAGGUAUAUUAUUACUUAUAAUGAUGUGUAUACACGAGUUUCUAACGCAGCUCAUAAUCAUUUCUGUCAGUGCCUUAGGCUAAGAUUUCAAAUAAUAACAAUUGACUGCUUUAUUUCUAGUGUUAAAGAAAUUGAAUGCUUGUCAACGACUUGUUUUAUUAUUUGAUAUUUAUUUUAACGUAAUAUUUUAUGAAAUCUGUUUUGUGUGAUCGAAAUAUGAUCUAGAAAAAUCAUCAGGUCCUGAGUAAUAUAAUAUUUAGCAGUAGUAACUAUUGUAUAAUAAUAUGUAAGUCUCUUUGUAUGAUAAUAGAUGAAGACAUUAUCAAAUAAAUAUUUCUUAAUCA